CCCCCCCCCCCCCCCACUCACCCCAACUCGCUGCCCAACUUUAGGAAUUUAUCGCAAAUAAGCUUGAUUCUCGUUCAGAGGUCGACUGACGAACUCAGCUCAAAAUGACGUUUUUGGAGAGUUUGGAGGGGCACAAAUGGCAAUGGCCGAUUUUGGCGAGCUUUGUCGCCCUUUACCUCGUGCGCAUGGCAGUGAGGUACCACAGACUUCGCUACUUCAGAGGGCCAUGGGGAUCUGGCUUCUCCAAACUUCAGUAUGAUUACAAAGUCUAUACGGGCGAAGCUCACGCCUGGUGCCGAGACGUGAACGAAAAAUACGGUCCCAUCGCCCGUAUUGGGCCCAACUCUCUCAUUACAUCAUCCUCCAAUGUUUGGAUGCACAUCAACACAAAACCGGAGUACAAACGAUCCAAGUGGUACUUCAGCGCCGUGCGCGUCGAACAUCAGCGCGACCACAUCUUUAGCCAGACCGACACCAGGCUCCACGAUGAGCGCCGCAAACAGAUCGCUCCAGGUUACUCCGGCCGCGAAAACCUCGAGCUCGAGUCCUCCAUCGACUACCGCCUGCUCGAGCUCCUCGACCUGAUCCGCACCAAAUACCUCUCAGACCCCUCCAGAGGCUACAUCAACCCCAUGGAUCUCUCCAAGAAAAUUCAGUACUUCACCAUGGACGUCAUCAGCACGCUCGGCAUGGGCCGGCCCGGUUUCGGCAUGCUGCGCGCCGACGCCGACAUCGACAACUAUAUCCGCUCAAGCGAGGAGGGCAUGCGCAUCGCCAACACAUUCAGCGCGCUGCGGCUGAGCUGGAUCGCCCAGGCGCCCGUCAUUGGCAAGCUGGUCUGUCCGCAGUCGACGGACGUGAAAGGAUUCGGUGCCAUGAUGGGCGCCUGUUUCCGGGCUGUCGAUGAGCGGCUGCGGGACGCGGACCAUGACAAAAGACGGGACAUGCUCGCGUCGUUUAUCCGGCACAAGCUAGUCGGGGAUGAAUUGAAGAGUGAGGUGUUGGAGACGCUGAUUGCUGGUUCGGAUACCACUGCCGGCGCGUUGAGGGCUACCAUGUUGUAUGUUAUGGCGAACAAGAGGGUGUACGUCAAGUUGCAGGAGGAGAUUGAUCGGGCGGUCAGAGAGGGGAGGGUAAGCGGGGAAGGGGUGAUAUCGUAUUCUACGGCAAAGCAGCUGCCGUAUUUGCAGGCCGUCAUCAAGGAGGGCCUGCGGGUGUUUCCUCCUGUGAGGAAUAUCGUACCUAAAGACGUGCCGGUCGGCGGCGAUACAGUCCUUGUGGAGGGCAAGCCGGUGUUCCUACCCGGUGGUGUGGAUAUUGGGUUCUCAGCCUUGGCCAUGCAUCGCGAUAAGAAGGUGUACGGAGAGGACGCAGAUUCGUUCCGUCCGGAGCGGUGGUUUGAUGCAAACCAAGGCAAGCUCGCUGCUAUGAUGAAGGUUCAUGAGCUGAGUUUUGGGCACGGUAGAUGGCAGUGCUUGGGGAGGAAUGUGGCUCAGAUGGAGUUGAAUAAGGCAAUCUUUGAGAGACAGUUGUUUCGGUACUUUGACUGGGCUAUUGCGAAUCCCGUCAAACCAUGGGAUGCUAUGAACGCUCUGGGACUUUUCAUCAUCAAUGACUUUCUGGUCCAGGUUUCAGCCCGAUGA